AUGGGAGGUUGCCACGGAAAGCAGAAAUCUUCUUCCUCCCGCAAGGAAAAACCACAAAAAGCUACAAAAACUACAAAAAUUGCUAAGGCCUCAAAAGCAGAAACAAAGUCAAACCAACGGAAAGCAAAAGCCGCGAAGACAACGAUAUCAUCAUCGCCGUCAACCGGCAAGACGGAGAAGUCGUCAACGUCAGCUGGAGCGUCACCCGCGGAGGAAGAGCUUACAGUUCUCAAAACAAAACCAACCUCUACCUCACCAUCAGAAAUCACAGUGAAGACUUCUCCUACGGAAUCCAUGGUUAUACAAGUGACACCAACCAAGCAGCAAGCCCCAGCAAAACACCACUAUCAACACCAACAACUGCAGCAGCAACAGCAGCAGCAGCAACAACAACAACAAAUUCCAACAACGCCGACAUCACUUCCGAUGAGUCCCAGCAAGACGACAGUCACAACGUCUCCAACUUUAUCAUCAGCCCUGCCACCCAAGUCAUGUUCAUCGUCGUCGUCAUCCAUAUUCAAACGACACAAAUCUGAAUCCAAGAAGUCCAAACAGAUGCUAGACGAGGUAACGAAUGAACUGAUCAAGCAGAAGUUGUUGUGUGACCAGCAGAUGAAAAGCAUAAAGACGAAGGACUCUGUAAUACGUGAGAAGAAUUCAGGAAUGGAAGCGAUCCUGGUUCUCUUCAAAUAUCUUGCUGACGAUUUGGAAGCAUUCAGAACACCAGAGUUGAAAGCACGUUUGGCUGAUUUGUACUCCCAACUGAACCAGGCUCAGCAACAACUUGACGAGAAUGUCGACACUGUGAUAGAUAUCGACGAUUUGAAUGCACUGAUAACUGAUAAUAUGAUAAUGAAGUACUAA